AUUCUCUGUUCCUUUGUAUAUAAUAUGCUAUGCAAGCUAAUAGUGGUCUCCUCUAACUAUCUCUCUUACAAGGAUUCAAGGAUCUCUUCUAUACUUCUCCCUCUAUCCUAUCUAUCCCCUUUUUCGCUAUUUUCUUCCUAUCAAAUAUUUCUAUUGAGAUCCUUAUUCCUUGAUUACCUUUCUCAUAAUUAAUUGCAAGACGACAUCAUGGCGAAUGCUGCAUCUGGAAUGGCUGUGCAUGACGAUUGUAAGCUGAAGUUUUUGGAACUUAAAUCAAAGAGAAACUACAGGUAUAUCAUUUUCAAAAUUGAGGACCAACAAGUGGUCUUGGAGAAACUUGGAGGCCCCGAAGAAAGCUACGACGAUUUCACUAAGUCUCUGCCUGAAGAUGAGUGCCGCUAUACUGUCUUUGAUUUUGACUUCGUUACUAGUGAAAAUUGCCAGAAAAGCAAGAUUUUCUUCAUUGCCUGGUCUCCCGACACAUCAAAGGUGAGAAUGAAGAUGGUGUAUGCGAGCUCUAAGGACAGAUUCAAGAGAGAACUAGAUGGUAUUCAAGUUGAAUUGCAAGCAACAGAUCCUAGCGAAAUGAGCUUUGACAUUAUUAAAUCUCGAGCUCUUUGAAUCUCAUCAUAUCCAUCUUCAGCCUCCCUUCAAUGCUGUUGUAUUUUUAGUGUUUUCCCAAUUUGAUUAUGUUCAAGUCAUACACUUAUCUUUGUGUUAUGAUGUAACACCAUAUUACCUUACUCUGUAUGCUGCAACAGUCUUAACAGCAUUUCUGUCAAUUGCAUUUCAUUAGCCUGAUCAUUUGUGGAUAUUCUUUUGUUUUCCCCAAAAUGAAACAUCAGACCGUGAUCUCAUGCAUUUCAA